AUGGGUUCGGCGGUCUAUCCAACGUUUGAAGUUGGUGACCAUGAAGCUUUCAUGGAGUUUGCCUUGACCCAAGCAAAGAAGUCACCACCAGGUGCCAACAAGUUUUGCGUCGGGGCCGUCCUUACCAACGCAGCCACAGGCAGAGUUAUAUCGACAGGCUUCUCGCUGGAAUAUCCGCGAGACUAUAAAGGAGACCCGGGCACCACACACGCAGAGCAGUGUUGCUUCAUUAAGAUUGCUGACGAGCACAACAUUCCUGAGGAACGCAUUGACGAGGUCCUUCCAACAGAUACGGCAUUGUAUACAACCAUGGAGCCCUGCAACGAGAGAUUAAGCGGCAACAUGACUUGCGUAACUAGGAUCUUGAGACUCAAGAGCGUCAUUAAGACUGUUUAUGUGGGGAUCAGGGAGCCAGGAACCUUUAUUGCAAAUAAUGAAGGACAGCAAAAGCUCGAAGCAAAUGGCAUCAAAGUCGUUUAUCCCGUUGAACAUUGGCGUGACAGGAUCAUUGAGAUCUCAAUGGCUGGGCACUGA